AUGAUUUUCUCAGAGCCGUGUAUACUGUAUACGCGUAAUACCGUAUACGCCGUAAAGUUUUUGUAGCGGACUAGCGAACGAUAUCAAAUUGUCAACUGGUCAACUUAAUGAAUAAUAAUAUUCAUAAAUCAUAAUAUCUCAUAAGGUAUCGCCAGUGCCAUUGUCGAUUGAAAAUUUUCCCGCCUCCGAAAACUGUUCUCGAGACGACGUUUGCGUCCUGGAAAAACGGUGGACCCGUCGUCGGCCAACUAGCUGUAGUCUCUGUGAGGUUAUGCAACAGACGACCGACGUGGAAUCCGUCUUAAACCGCUAAAUAAUAGAACGCGAGACCGUCGCCAUGUCCAAGACGUCCGGUUCGGCCGCGUCCGGCUCGUCAUCGUCGUCGCAGCAGCAAGCGUCCGGGGUCGCCGUUGUGCCAGCCGAGGACAAUUUUGACUUUCUGUUCAAAAUCGUGCUUAUCGGCGAUUGUGGCACUGGCAAGACAUGCGUCGUUCAGCGUUUCAAGAGUGGUACAUAUGCCGAGAACCAGGGCAACACCAUCGGUGUCGACUUUUCCAUGAAGACCAUCAAAAUCGACGGCAAGAAAGUCAAACUCCAGAUAUGGGACACGGCCGGCCACGAGAGGUUUCGAACAAUCACACAGAGUUACUAUCGCUCAGCUAAUGGAGUCCUACUAGUGUAUGACAUUACAAAACGUGCUACUUUCCUGAAUUUACAGAGAUGGGUAGAAGAAGUACGACGAUAUACUUCUUCUAAUGUCUUGCUGGUGUUGAUUGGUAACAAAUGUGACCUAGAGGAAAACCGCCAGGUGGAGUUGUCUGAAGCAGAUGCAAUGUGCGAAUACUUUCCUGAACUAUUGUCUGUGCUAGAAACGUCGGCUAAGGAAAAUAAAAACAUUGAAGAAGCAUUUGUCACAAUUGCUUCUGAACUUAAGAGACGUCAUGACCAAAGUGCUCAUAUUGAAGAUGAACCUAAUCCUGUCAUUAACUUGAGUGAAGGCGAAAAUGUUCAAAAAUGUAAAGGCUGUACUUUGUUAUAAACUAACAUUGCAACACAGCACUAUAGAACAAAUCAAUAUUUGAUCAUUAUUAUUCUAAAGCCCGAUGACGAACAUGCAUAAUUAAUUAAUUAUGCGUUCAUAAUCUUAAGGUAACACACUUGUUUAAUAUGAAACCUUUAAAGUUUUAUUUAGAUUGUAUUUAAAAAUAAAAAUUUAUGAGGAUAGAGACAGAUCAUCCCAGAAUUUAUGUACACGUUUAUGAUCCGCGUUAAUAAUGUAUUUAAUUUUAUCUUUCUUAACUUGCAAUAAUUAUUCAUGUACUUGAACCUCACUUUGUUAAUCAUUCAAUCAUGUACUAUAAUAUAAUAUUAAAUAAGAUUCUCGAAUAGUUUUAUGGGGGACCAUGGUCAUAAGUGUUUUUUUCAAGUAUCUCACAAGGUCCACAGAUGUAUCUUACUUCGAAAUUAUUUUUAUCAGUAGAUAAUAUAAUAUUGUAGAAUAUCAAUGGUGGUAUUUAUUUUUUUAGCCGCUAUCAUAUUUUAGGAUAUUAUGUUUGUGAUAUUAUUCAUACAACAUUUAUGUAUCCCGUAUCGAUAUUCUGUAAAUAGAUAUACGUCCAUAUCGAGAAUUUUAGCAAUUAUAUUUUUUCUUUUGUUUAAUUAUGUCAUUUACAAUUGAUGAUUUGAAUUUAUUUUAAUUAUUAUAUAUAUGGUUUUUUCUUCUUAAAUUUAGAUAAAUUUGUCUGUAUGAUGAUUGAUUAUAUAUAUUUAUAUGCAUAUAAAUACAUAUAAGAUAAUACAUACAUUUGUAUAACAUUAUUACCAUCUUUUUUAAAAGCACCUCUAAUAAUACGGUGAAGGUAUUGAAUAUUAUAUUAUUUUUUUUAUUGCUAUGUGUAGUGAGAGUAGGGAAAUAUUAAUAAUUCUAUUAUAAUAUACUUAAUACUAAUAACUAGUCACGUGAAAAAUGUAUGAAAUAUUUUAUUGUAGCAGUUCCUUUCAUUGGUUAACAAGUGUUUAUGAUGAUGAUAAUUUCCCUCUACAAAAAAUUGUGAUUUAUAAUGUUUUACGUGAAAUGUGUGGUGGAAAUUUAUAUGUACAAUAUUAUGUAUCUAAAAAAAAUUUAUAUUGUUUAACUUUUUCAACUUUAUAGAUGUUUUAUUAUCAGUACCUAGAUAUUUUUUUAAUUCUACAAUAUUUUAUGUUUUUUUUUUUUAAAGAAUUAUCUCACAUUUUUAUUAUUAUUACUAUUAUUAUUUAUUUGUAUUUUAUUAUUUUUUUACCAAAGUCUACAUCAGCUGUUGUAUACCUGUAAUAGUCAUAUGUGCUGUUUUGUCUUACUUGUAUAUAGCCAUCACGGCUACCAAUAAUCAGAAAACAAAGAAUUAAAAUGAGGACUUGAGGCGGGAAAUUACAUAAUAUUAUAAUUAUUGUCUUUUUACAUUAAUAUUACAAUAUUUAAUUAUAUUAUAUGACUAACAAUAAAGAAUUUUAUUUUUUCCAAUAUUAAAUACUAGAAUACUAGAUUUGCAUCUGAUUGAUUAAACUAACUAUUAAACUUAGAACAUUUAGAAAAAGUUGAUGAUUAUGUAUUAUCAUUAUUUUAAAUAUUCUUGCUCACUUGUGAAAAAAAUGUUCUUUUUUUUCCUACCUCACCUUCCAAUUGUAGAGGUCACUACGAUACACUUGUUAUCUAUAUAGUGGCCAAUCAUAAUAAUUAUAUUAUUAUAGGUAUACAUCCUAUACUGUUUAGUAUGCUCACAAUCAAUGAACAUUUACAUCCGUAUCAAUAAACAUAAUAAUAUCUUUACUGUAUUA